GUCUGUACGUGUGUGUUUGAAAGGGAAAGUGUGUUUUUUUUUCGUGAGUGUGUCUACGCAUGUGGAUGCAUGCUUGUGUGCAGCAGGGGUGUGUGUUCACUCUCUCCGUCUAUCCGUCCUGUCACUGCCUUCUGUUGGGACUUCUGGGAAGCCUUGCAGUAGAGGAGCUGAACAACAACAGGUAUGUACUGUGUUUACACAGGUGCUGGUGUGAUCAUGGCCACCAAACUGAGCGUGCUGCUGCUGUUACUGGCCGUCGCCACAGUAACGGUUCUGGCCCAGAGGCGACGCCAGUCGACCACUGGCGAGUGGAACUACAGGGAUGGCUCCGAGAAGGUGAGCAUGCGCGGCGUGUCCAACCUGACUGAGGUUCUGGACAACUGGAGGUUCGACAUCCUGAACCAGAUGAAAGGACUUCUGCAGAACGACCACCAGUCUCUCCUGCCCGACUACGCCAGAAUCCAGCCGCUGUCUGAGGCCUUAGACGACCUCUACAAGGAGUUCAACGCCCUCAAAUCCCGCCUGGGCGAUCUGACCGAGAAGUUCACCGCCAUAGAAACUUUCAUUGACGAGGUCAAGGCCAGCCGCGCCAACAAUGCCAACAACGCCAACAACGCCAACACUGGCCCGGCCACCGAUCUGGCACCUGGUCCCGCUCCGGGCCCCGGCCCCAAACAGAAUGGGAGGAGGCUGAUAAGGAAAAAACCCCCCACUCCCUCCUAAUCAACCAAUGGUGUGCUUCCUCCAUCCUGAUGUUUGCUUCUUCUCACGGCUGUCUUACAUCUCUAAUCUUUCUUUAAUUCCAUAAUUAUCAUGUUCCAUGCAAUGAAAUUCUUUUACCAAGCACAAAAAUAAAAAAAAAAUUAAAAUAUCGGCCCGUUCUCAUUCCCAGGGCGUCAAAUAGCGGCACUUUGUCAGGUCCUUUGGCGUCCGACACCAACGCACAUGGCACCUUUUAGCGUCAUUAUCCAACGCUAAAAGUAGGCCUAUUAUAAGUAACAGAAAAGUCCAAGUAAGGAGGUGGUCUAGGUCGUCAGGUGGGUCAGAAACCGGACUUUCACAGAGGAGGCCAGUAUUUGUUUUCUGUGUAAAACAAAAAGUCAACAUUGACUCUUUUUAGCGUUUUUACAUAACUUACAUAAGCAAAGCCACGUGAGUAAAACCACGUGAGUAAAACCACGUGAGUAAAGCCACGUGAGUAAAGCCACGUGAGUAAAGCCACGUGAGUAAAACCACGUGAGUAAAGCCACGUGAGUAAAGCCACGUGAGUAAAGCCACGUGAGUAAAACCACGUGAGUAAAGCCACGUGAGUAAAACCACGUGAGUAAAGCCACGUGAGUAAAGCCACGUGAGUAAAGCCACGUGAGUAAAACCACGUGAGUAAAACCACGUGAGUAACGUAUUUUGACCCAAACCACAAUGUUUUCCUAAACCUAACCAAGUAGUUUUGUUGCCUAAAACUAACCAAAUCGCUACGUUUCACAAUGUUAACCACUAGUUUUAAUUUGAAAGUCUAACCGGACACAUAUUUUUUUCAUUAAAGCUUACCCAGGGCGUAAAAAAAUGAUGCCAAUGGGUCUUGACUAAGCAUCCAUAUGUGAUGCCCUGUGAUGAGAACGGGUUGAACAUAUACAAUACAGUAUAAGAUAAAACGUCUAAAAUAUACUGUAAAUAAAAGAUGACACUCAUACAUAAAAUAAAAACUAAAUAAAAACACACAUUAUAUAAAAAGAUGUCAGAGCUGCACUCAGUGUGUUGCCAGGAUCCAGCACUCCAAAUAAAUGUUGUUUUCCUGUGACGGUUUUCUAAUCAGUGUAAUUGGUGUACAGACACUGGUAACAUAGACACUUGUUUUAGAAAUCCACACACCUGCUGUGUCUGAAAUCACUCACUUGAUUUCGUCACACUCGACACUGAAUAGUAAAGUAAGCAGUAAACUGAGAUUUCAGAAGCAUAUUUUGCUGAAAGGUGAAUUUUUCUCUAUCUGUAAAAUACAUUGUGGGAUUGUAUCCAUCCCAUUACAUUAAAUUGCACACUCAGGUGUGUAGUGGUUUCAAACACAGCCACGGUUUCCUGAUAAAGGAUGAUUUUUUCUACAGUGUGACCCCCCCAGUAACAUUGUAUCUUGACAAACAUUUCAAAUCAUUUUGUUUGAAAGAUUUCCUCGUUCCUUGUUGUUGUUGUUGUUGUUGUUGUUUUAGCUCCUGGCGAGUUCAGCUACACAUGCUGAGUGAUAUCUUACAGCACGGCUGAGCUGGUGAGAAAACACUUGUUCUGUUUCUUCUGAAUGCUUGUUGGACAAACGUGCUUGUUGGUUUGGAUUUCCUGCUGCAUCAUAUGAGCUCAAAAUAAACUCACUCAUUGCAUUACAUUCAUAA